AUGGUUGCCGAGGAAUAUGCUGAGAGCGUUGAGCACUGUCACGCCUGGAGUAACUCCCAGAUCGUGCUUCACUGGCUCCGAUCAUCGGAGCCGACAAACAACUCAUUGAUCGACAGUUACGUGGCUCACAUCCAGGAGCUUCUGCCCUCCCACGUAUGGAGAUAUGUUCCGACGGACUCUAAUCCAGCAGAUGUGGCGUCCCGGGGGACGGAUCUGUUCAUGCUUCAGCAAAUGCGUGCUUGGUGGGAAGGCCCUUCUUGGCUCGUGGGCCUUCUUGACUUGUGGCCAGCCGAAAACGCAAAGUUGCCUAGCUCCUGCAACCCAGUCACCGACGGUGCCCUCCAAUCUUGUUGUGCUGUUCAAUGCACUACGCCAAAUCUGCUCGAGAAGUUCUCAGACCUUGGCCAUCUCCUACGCUUCCUCGCUCGACUGCGUCGCUGGAUCCGUCGUCGGCUACGUCGAGAUCCCGCUCCCUCGCCUUUCGCCCCUCUGACGACGAUUGAGCUGCGCGAUGCCUACCUCGCCUGCGUCCGCCUCAGCCAGCGACAAUUCUUCGCGCUAGAGAUUGCGAGCUUGCAAAAGGGCGGCCGUGUCCCUGCAAAAAAUCCACUGCUGUCUCUAGACCCGAUCUUCUCCAAUAACGUCCUUCGAGUUGGCGAUCGUCUCCAACAUUCUGCGCUCACCUUCGAUGAGCAGCAUCCGCCAAUCCUUGACAGCCGAUGCAGCCUCGCUCGGCUCAUUAUCCAGUGUGCUCAUGCUCGUGCUCUUCACGGAGGAGUCAGUGUCACCAGCACUUAUGUGGCUCGCAAGGCCUGGAUUGUUGGCGGGUGGCGGCGAAUCAAAAGCAUUCUCCAGGGAUGCGUGGUCUGCGCCCGACUGCAGGCGCGGCCUGCCACUCAACACAUGGCACCUCUACUGGCCUCACGGGUUACUCCUGCUCGAGCUUUCUCUCGCACUGGAGUUUACUACGCUGGCCCAUUCAACAUUUUGUCUGCUAAGGGCCGAGGCAUCCGCACAAGCAAGGGCUACGUCGCGAUCUUCGUCUGCAUGACCACCAAGGCGUCACACCUUGAGAGCGUUGGUGAUUUCUCUACCGAGUCAUUCAUUGGAGCGCUCACAAGAUUCUGCGCCAGGCGCGACCGUGAAAUUCGCGAGGCUCUCCAGGAUGCCGAAAUAAAGUGGGAGCGUGUUGCUGGCUCACUGGCUGAACAAGGCGUCACGUGGCACUUCAUUCCUCCACGGGCGCCCCACUUUGGCGGACUAUGGGAGGCCGGUGUCAAAGUAAUGAAACAUCAUCUCUGUCGUGCCCUUGGACCGCACAACCUCACCUACGAGGAGUUUUCCACCGUUUUGGCCAGCAUCGAGGCGGUCCUCAACAGCCGCCCUCUCACUCCAUUCACCGGAGGCUUAGAUGAUCAGAAAAUCCUCACCCCUGGACACUUCCUCGUCGGUGGCCCGUCGAAUUCUGUGCUUGAGGCCAGUACCCCGCCCGAGAAGCUCGAUCGCCUAAGUAACUGGAAGCUGGUCCGGGGAAUCCGAGACCAGUUCUGGAGCCGCUGGAGCCGCGAGUACUUGAACACGCUCCAACAACGACCCAAGUGGAAGGUCCCACAUCGUAAUUUCCAGGUUGAUGACGUCGUCGCGGUGGUGGACGCCACGCUCCUCCAGUCUAGUGGCACGUGGCCACUCGGUCGCAUCAUCUCGGUUCAUCCCGGACCCGACGGGCUCGUUCGCGCCGCCACCAUCCAGACCGCCACUGGUGAAUACACCCGUCCCAUCAGCAAGCUCUCGCUACUGCCCGUCCGAUCGCCUAGUGCCGGCGACGCCACCUCUAAAGACCCUGUGGCCGAAUCUGACCCUGGUACGGUGGGCGGAGACUGA